CCAUCUUCCUGUAUUUACAGAUUUCCGACGAUGUAUCACGAGACACGCUCUGUGUUUUCCGACGUCCAUCUGCCGGAGAAGAACAACCUGACGUCGCCGCGGCCUAUCACGGAUCUUGGCGUCAGACGCGUAUUGAAGAAGGACCACAGCCUUGCGUCGCUUAAAAUACCGCCAAUGGAUGAGAAGAUAUUGAGCUUGAUGGCGAAGCGAGGCGAGUUUGAGAAGACCUACUGGAAGCAGCGUCUGCGAAACUCACUGGCCUGGGAUACGGAACAUCUGGAAAGCGAGAAACUGAAACUGCAGAAAGACCAGAACCAUCGGGCCAAUAUGGAAAUAAUGAGGGAAGAGGAUAGGCAAAUGGUGCACUUGAAAAAGGUAGGGAAUUUCUUGUGCUUCGUAAAGGUAUGGAUUUUGGUGAACUUCUGCAAAAGAAUCAUACUGUUUGAGAGUUCCUCUUCUCCAGGCAGCCAAGAUGAUGGUUGUAGUCUCUGA